AUGUCUACCUCCACUCCACCCCCAGGACCAGCGGACAGCACAGAAGCAACAUACACAGCCAUGCACGACAGUGACCUAGACGCCAUCGGCGCACACUGCGAACUAGAAUACUGCCAUCAACUCGAUUUCCUUCCUUUCCGCUGCCUAUCAUGCCACCACACCUUCUGCCUAGAUCACCGCAGCGAGACCUCCCACAAAUGCAGCCAUGCUGGAGAAUGGGCACGAAACCGACGGCGCAACAGCGUUGGCCGACCCAUGACAACAUCAAACACUCCGACUACAAAACCCACCCUCAUGACCGCAAAACAAUGCAGUGACCCAUCCUGCAAAACAUUAAUCAACACCAUGGGCAACACGGGAGUACACUGCACCGAUUGUAACCGGGAGUACUGCUUGAAACACCGGUUCCGCGAAGAACACAACUGCAAAAACCUGAUCCCACUGGGCGCUCGCCCCGUCGACCUCGCCAUCCAGAGCAACAAGGAGAAAAUCAAGCUCGGCUUUGGCCGCCUGAAGACAUGGGGCAAGCAGCAACAGACAUCUCUGGAAGCCAUGAACUUCAAACCCGCACCGAAGCCGACCAGCAAAGCCGCGCAAAUCGCCGCGCUGAACAAUCUGAAGAAGGCCGCGAAAGGCGACGACAAAUUGCCGCCAGAGAAGCGCAUCUAUCUGCACGUCGAGGCCGAGGCCAAGUCCACGACGAGUAAACUUCCUCGUGCGGAUUUGUUCUUCAGUUCGGAUUGGACGAUUGGCCGCUUGUUAGACGACGCGGCCAAGCGGUUGCAGGUCGCGAAUGUCAAUAAUCGGGUGCAGACCGAGGAGCAGCGGCUGAGGGUGUACCAUGUUGAAGGCGGCAGGUUGCUGGAAUACUCGGAGAAGGUCGGCGGCGGCCUGGCGAGUGGGAAUACUGUUGUCUUGUUGCGCGGUGUUGGCCCCGAUCAGGGAGCUUAA